AUGCCUUUUACAAACUCUGAUUUAGUCGUUGUCACUGGUGCUAAUGGCCAUGUUGCACAGCAUGUUGUAUCGCAACUGCUGUCAUUCCACGCCCCGGUCCGCGUACGUGGGACAGUCCGAUCCUCGAUGGUGGCUCAGAAGCUAUACGCCGCAUUCGAAUCCUUUGUUUCUAGUGGAAGGCUUGAGAUUGCCAUUGUACCCGACUUGACAGUGGAUGGCGCAUUUGAUGAUGCCCUCCAAGGCGCAACAUAUGUAGCUCACAUCGCAUCUCCCUUGAACAUGUCUCCAGAAAACGUUGAAAACGACCUCCUUAUACCCGCCAUCAAAGGUAACAUCUGCAUAUUGGAAUCAAUAAUGAAACAGACAGGAAUCAAAGCGGUCGUCAUAACUAGCUCUUUCGUUGCGGCGUUUGAUGCACGUCAUGGCUUCCGUGAGGGAUACGCCUACUCUUCUGCGGACUGGAAUCCGAUUAGCUAUGAUGAGGCCGCGGACCCAAGGCAUGACAUGAGUCAAUACCAGGAAAUGUGGCGACCCUGGGUAACUUACAUGGCUUCGCGAAAGCUUGCGGAGAAGGCUGCAUGGGAUUUCUACCGGAAACAUCAACCUACAUGGGCUCUAAGCACACUAUUACCGUCAUUCAUUGGAGGCCCAUUCGUUCUACCGUUGACCAAGGGUACUGAUAGUUUAACUUUCAGCACUGGCUUGAUCUGGAGAACUGCAUUGGGGAAUGAACCGUUAUUCCAUAAUGACUUUCCUCACUGGGUCGACGUGCGAGACGUUGCAAAGGCGCAUAUCCAAGCCUUGAUAACCCCUGCUGCGUGGGGGCGAAGGCUAAUGGAGAAACAAGAGGUGAGCGCUGUGGCUGAACUUCGUUACAAGUGGAGUCUAACUGAUUUGAUACAGGUGCAUCACUAUAGCAUUGACUCGGUGUCAUCGCUAUCUAUCCUAGGAAUGAAUUCCUGGAUAUCGCCGGAACAAAUGAUCGUUAACUUGAUAAAGCAGCUCAAGAGGACCACGCUCAGUGAUGCAUUAUGA